UCUUCUCAUCAGCGCGCACUCACUCAACUCAUUCAAACUCAGCGUGUGCCGCGUGAAUACGAGCUGCAUGUGUGCCAACUGUUGAGUAAAAUGACCUGGGACAAAAUAGCAGUCUUCUUUUUACAACUUUCAUGGACAGUCCUGCAUGUCACAGCCAUUCACAGACAUGACAUCUAUCCAUAUGGGGUGUUUUACGGCGAUGCUACUCUGCAAGCAGGGGACGAUGAGACCUCUAAAGUGAUCACGCUCACCAAACCUAUGUACUUCUAUGAGACGUCCUUCAAUAACUUAUAUGUGGCCACCAAUGGAAUCAUCUCAACUCAGGAUCUUCCCAUGGAGAAGCAGUAUGUAGAUGACGGCUUCCCCACCGACUUCCCCGUCAUCGCCCCCUUCCUGGCUGACAUUGACACCAGCAAAGGAAAAGGAUCCAUCUUCUACCGGCAGACGGAGUCUCCUACUGUUCUGAAGCGGGCGGAAGCGGAUGUCAAGAAAGGCUUUCCAGAUACCACGUUCACACCAACCCAUGCCUUCAUUGCAACCUGGGAGAAUGUGUCCGCUUACGACGAGGUCACCCGUAGCUCUAGACCAUCCAAUCGGGUAAACACAUUCCAAGUGGUGCUUGCGUACAACGAGAGGGAUACUUACGCACUCUUCCUAUACCCUGAGGAUGGCCUGCAGUUUUUUGGGACACGGCCCAAGGAAUCUUACAAUGUCGAAAUUGAGCUUCCAGCUCGAGUGGGCUUCACCAGAGGAGAACUGUCCUUCCUCUUCUUUUCCCGGACAGAGGGGCCAUACUACAGCGUCACCAGCGAUGAGCAGUCCGUCAAAAACCUUUACCAAAAAGGAAACAUAGGAGAGCGUGGAGUUUGGCUCUUUCACAUUGGAAACAGAUAUUCCUUCCAGAAUGUCGUUCCUGCACAGCAUGAGGCUGUUUUCACCAAAGCUCCCCCAGUCCUGGAUGCUGUGAUCCCUGAUGAAGACUACACAGACAACGAUGAGGAAGAGUAUGAUCUCAUCGAUCCGGACUUCCAAGAUCCCACCACAUCGGAGUAUCUUGAGCCAGAGCAAGACUCCUCAAUACUGGAACGUCUCAACCAGGAGGUGCCCCUUGGUCAGUCUCCUCCUCAGCUCUCAGAGUCAGGUCCAGGCGAGUUUCCUCAGCCGGAUCACCAUAAUCUUCCCCCGGAGGACGUGACCCAGCCCCAGCGGCCAUUACCAAAACACGCGAUCCUGCAGGUGUACCCAAACAGUGUGAAGGAUGUCCCACCUUCUGGUGGUCAAGUGUUCAGUAUUGAGGAGAAAGUGAACUUUGACUCUGGAGUGAUCCAUUACUCAACCGAUAAUAAAGAGACAUGUGAGCGCUUCCAGCAGCAGUGCAGUCAGAACGCACACUGCACAGACUAUUCCACCGGCUUCUGCUGUCACUGCAACUCAGGAUUCUACGGCAAUGGCCGUCACUGCCUGCCAAACGGUGCUCCUCACCGUGUGAAUGGAAAGGUCAGAGGGACUGUACUGGUGGGUGGCACAGCAGUACAGCUGGAUAGUAUCGACCUACAUGCCUACAUCGUGGUGGGUGACGGACGAGCGUACACUGCCAUCAGUGAGGUCCCAGAGCCGGUGGGUUGGGCCCUCAUGCCCGUGGCACCCAUUGGAGGUCUCUUUGGUUGGCUCUUCGCCCUGGAGCUGCCAGACAGCCUUAAUGGCUUCAGUAUCACCGGUGCUGAAUUCACUCGCUAUGCCGAUGUAACCUUCUAUCCCGGUAACCAGCGUCUCAGCAUCGUCCAGACAGCUACGGGUUUGGAUACCCAGAACUACCUCAAUGUGGACACUCAUUUACAGGGCAGCGUUCCCUUCAUCCCUCCUGGUGCCACGGUGCAGAUGGAGCCAUUUAAGGACACCUACCAUUAUUAUCCUUCAUUGAUUACCUCCACAUCCGUGCGUGAGUUUACAGUCACGUCAACUGAAAAUGGAGCAGAGACCCACACUUUCCAGGUCAAACAGAACAUCACAUACAGAGACUGCACUCACGGGCCCCGCAGCCCACUGGAGACGCUGGAACUGAGAAUGGAGCGCAUAUUUGUUAUGUACGUCAAAGAAGAGCGCAUCCUUCGAUAUGCCAUCACCAACAAGAUCGGCCCUCUUGGAGCUGGAGACCCAGAGCCAGAAGAUGUAAAUCCCUGUUACUCUGGAAAUCAUGACUGUGACACAACUGCUCAGUGCGUGCCUGGCGAGGGACAGCUGUUUUCGUGCCAAUGCGCCACAGGUUACAGAGGCGACGGUCGCAACUGUUAUGAUGUGGAUGAGUGUGCAGAAGGUCUGAGCUCCUGUGGUGCUCAUUCGUACUGUGUGAACCUGCCUGGAAGCCAUCGCUGUCAGUGUGAGAGCGGAUUUGAGUUUGGAUUUGACGGUCGGACAUGUCAGGAUGUGGACGAGUGCCGUGACCAGCCGUGCCACACCCAGGCCUUGUGCUCAAACAGUCCGGGAUCUUUCCACUGCCAGUGCCAACCGGGAUACCACGGAGAUGGUUUCCAGUGCCACCAUACAAAUGGUCGCCCCAAGACCCAGUGUGAGCAGCACAGAGACAGUGUUCGUAGCAGAGAUGGUGAUGUUCCUCUGACAGGAGCCUUCAUCCCUCAGUGUGAUGAGGAGGGUCAGUACAGGUCCCAGCAGUGCCACGGGUCCACAGGCCACUGCUGGUGUGUGGACAGUAGAGGACAGGAGAGAGCGGGAACCAGAACUCCACCUGGAGCCCCAGUAAUAAAUUGUGAUGAGCCUGAGCGUCCCAAGACCCAGUGUGAGCAGCACAGAGACAGUGUCCGUAGCAGAGAUGGUGAUGUUCCUCUGACAGGAGCCUUCAUCCCUCAGUGUGAUGAGGAGGGUCAGUACAGGUCCCAGCAGUGCCACGGGUCCACAGGUCACUGCUGGUGUGUGGACAGUAGAGGACAGGAGAGAGCGGGAACCAGAACUCCACCUGGAGCCCCAGCAAUAAACUGUGAUGAGCCUGUUCGUCCCAAGACCCAGUGUGAGCAGCACAGAGACAGUGUUCGUAGCAGAGAUGGUAAUGUUCCUCUGACAGGAGCCUUCAUCCCUCAGUGUGAUGAGGAGGGUCAGUACAGGUCCCAGCAGUGCCACGGGUCCACAGGUCACUGCUGGUGUGUGGACAGUAGAGGACAGGAGAGAGCGGGAACCAGAACUCCACCUGGAGCCCCAGUAAUAAAUUGUGAUGAGGCUGAGCGUCCCAAGACCCAGUGUGAGCAGCACAGAGACAGUCUUCGUAGCACAGAUGGUGAUGUUCCUCUGAUAGGAGCCUUCAUCCCUCAGUGUGAUGAGGAGGGUCAGUACAGGUCCCAGCAGUGCCAUGGGUCCACAGGUCACUGCUGGUGUGUGGACAGUAGAGGACAGGAGAGAGCGGGAACCAGAACUCCACCUGGAGCUCCAGCAAUAAACUGUGAUGAGCCUGAGCGUCCCAAGACCCAGUGUGAGCAGCACAGAGACAGUCUUCGUAGCAGAGAUGGUGAUGUUCCUCUGAUAGGAGCCUUCAUCCCUCAGUGUGAUGAGGAGGGUCAGUACAGGUCCCAGCAGUGCCACGGGUCCACAGGUCACUGCUGGUGUGUGGACAGUAGAGGACAGGAGAGAGCGGGAACCAGAACUCCACCUGGAGCUCCAGCAAUAAACUGUGAUGAGCCUGAGCGUCCCAAGACCCAGUGUGAGCAGCACAGAGACAGUCUUCGUAGCAGAGAUGGUGAUGUUCCUCUGACAGGAGCCUUCAUCCCUCAGUGUGAUGAGGAGGGUCAGUACAGGUCCCAGCAGUGCCACGGGUCCACAGGCCACUGCUGGUGUGUGGACAAUAGAGGACAGGAGAGAGCGGGAACCAGAACUCCACCUGGAGCCCCAGCAAUAAACUGUGAUGAGCCUGAGCGUCCCAAGACCAAGUGUGAGCAGCACAGAGACAGUCUUCGUAGCAGAGAUGGUGAUGUUCCUCUGAUAGGAGCCUUCAUCCCUCAGUGUGAUGAGGAGGGUCAGUACAGGUCCCAGCAGUGCCACGGGUCCACAGGUCACUGCUGGUGUGUGGACAGUAGAGGACAGGAGAGAGCGGGAACCAGAACUCCACCUGGAGCCCCAGUAAUAAACUGUGAUGAGCCUGAGCAUCCCAAGACCCAGUGUGAGCAGCACAGAGACAGUCUUCGUAGCAGAGAUGGUGAUGUUCCUCUGACAGGAGCCUUCAUCCCUCAGUGUGAUGAGGAGGGUCAGUACAGGUCCCAGCAGUGCCACGGGUCCACAGGUCACUGCUGGUGUGUGGACAGUAGAGGACAGGAGAGAGCGGGAACCAGAACUCCACCUGGAGCUCCAGCAAUAAACUGUGAUGAGCCUGUUCGUCCCAAGACCCAGUGUGAGCAGCACAGAGACAGUCUUCGUAGCAGAGAUGGUAAUGUUCCUCUGACAGGAGCCUUCAUCCCUCAGUGUGAUGAGGAGGGUCAGUACAGGUCCCAGCAGUGCCACGGGUCCACAGGUCACUGCUGGUGUGUGGACAGUAGAGGACAGGAGAGAGCGGGAACCAGAACUCCACCUGGAGCCCCAGCAAUAAACUGUGAUGAGCCUGAGCGUCCCAAGACCCAGUGUGAGCAGCACAGAGACAGUCUUCGUAGCAGAGAUGGUGAUGUUCCUCUGAUAGGAGCCUUCAUCCCUCAGUGUGAUGAGGAGGGUCAGUACAGGUCCCAGCAGUGCCACGGGUCCACAGGUCACUGCUGGUGUGUGGACAGUAGAGGACAGGAGAGAGCGGGAACCAGAACUCCACCUGGAGCCCCAGCAAUAAACUGUGAUGAGCCUGUUCGUCCCAAGACCCAGUGUGAGCAGCACAGAGACAGUGUUCGUAGCAGAGAUGGUGAUGUUCCUCUGAUAGGAGCCUUCAUCCCUCAGUGUGAUGAGGUGGGUCAGUACAGGUCCCAGCAGUGCCACGGGUCCACAGGUCACUGCUGGUGUGUGGACAGUAGAGGACAGGAGAGAGCGGGAACCAGAACUCCACCUGGAGCCCCAGCAAUAAACUGUGAUGAGCCUGAGCGUCCCAAGACCCAGUGUGAGCAGCACAGAGACAGUCUUCGUAGCAGAGAUGGUGAUGUUCCUCUGAUAGGAGCCUUCAUCCCUCAGUGUGAUGAGGAGGGUCAGUACAGGUCCCAGCAGUGCCACGGGUCCACAGGUCACUGCUGGUGUGUGGACAGUAGAGGACAGGAGAGAGCGGGAACCAGAACUCCACCUGGAGCUCCAGCAAUAAACUGUGAUGAGCCUGUUCGCCCCAAGACCCAGUGUGAGCAGCACAGAGACAGUCUUCGUAGCAGAGAUGGUGAUGUUCCUCUGACAGGAGCCUUCAUCCCUCAGUGUGAUGAGGAGGGUCAGUACAGGUCCCAGCAGUGCCACGGGUCCACAGGUCACUGCUGGUGUGUGGACAGUAGAGGACAGGAGAGAGCGGGAACCAGAACUCCACCUGGAGCCCCAGCAAUAAACUGUGAUGAGCCUGUUCCCCCCGUCCCGCGUCCAGAGACCGUCUGUGAGCGCUGGAGAGCGAGUCUGUUGGAGCAAUAUGGAGGCCAGCCGGGUUCCCACCAUUAUCUACCUCAGUGUGACUCUUCUGGGGAGUUCAAUCCAGUUCAGUGCUAUGGAGACAGCAGCUACUGCUGGUGUGUGGACCAAAACGGACGGGAAGUACCAGGAACCCGCUCACACGAUGCUGUGAAACCUGCCUGUAUACCUACUGUGGCCCCUCCUACCAUGCACCCUCUGCCACGCCCCGAUGUGACCCCGCCUCCAACAGGCACGUUCCUGCUCUAUGCCCAGGGCCAGCAGAUUGGAGCUUUGCCGCUCAAUGGCACUCAAAUGGACAAGCAGAGAUCUUCAGUUCUGCUUGCUCUACAUGGCUCCAUAGUAGUCGGCAUUGAUUAUGACUGCAGAGAAAGAAAAGUUUAUUGGACGGAUCUGGCUGGACGGACAAUCAAUAGAGCCAGUCUGGAACCAGGAUCAGAACCUGAGAUUAUCAUCAACACAGCUCUGACGAGUCCAGAGGGUCUUGCUAUAGAUGUCGUCCGUAGGAAACUGUUUUGGGUGGACAGCACAUCAGAUAAGAUCGAAACGGCGAAUCUUGAUGGAAGUGACAGACGUGUUCUGUUUGACACAGACUUAGUAAAUCCCAGAGCCAUCAUCGUGGACUCCACUACAGGAACACUCUACUGGACUGACUGGAACCGAGAAGCUCCUAAAAUCGAGAGCUCCUCUGUGGACGGACAAAACCGAAGAGUCCUGGUACAGAAUGGGAUUGGACUGCCCAAUGCUUUGACCUACGACUCCACCACACGCCAGGUCUGCUGGGCCGAUGCAGGAACCAAGCGCCUGGAGUGUAUAUCGCCUAAUGGGACAGGGAGACGUGUGGUCCACAGUAACCUGAUCUACCCCUUCAGCAUGGUCGCCUUCACCAAUCACUACUAUUACACAGACUGGAGGAGAGAUGGGGUCAUCGCUCUCAAUCGAGAUAACCAGUCGACAGAUGAGCACUUGCCUGAUCAGAGGUCUCAUUUGUAUGGCAUUACAGUUGCUCCUCCACACUGUUUAUAAGGGAGACGCUAAUGACAGAGCCAGCGUUACAUGGUGCUAUUUUGGGCUGUGGGAAUCGCGGCGGAGACGUGGAGAGAGCCAUCGCAGGACCCGCAAGUCUCGACCAACAUCACCGUCGAUGCCAAAGUGCAAAUUUACAAACAUGAAAGCGUGAAGAUUUACUCAAAAUAGUUUUGUAAAUUUGUUUUAUACCUCAUUUUUUUCUUUCUACUGUACUUUUGUAUGUGACUUUUUGUUAAAAAACAAAACUAACAAAUUAAAAAAAAAAAAAAAAAA